CGAUAGCACGUUUGUCAAUCGAAAUUCAUCUUGUUCGCCGUGAGUGGCAAAUGUACAUUGUAUUUACACCGCAAUAAAAAACAAAGCAGCGGCAAAGCAAUUUUUUUUUAGAGUGGAGCUGUUUUUUGUUUAAUUAUGGAUAAGUUAAAAGUAUUAUUGAAGUCCUACGAGGCAUGGGUGGCAAGGAAUCCGGAUGUAGUUGGCGAUUUUGAGACGACAGCCAAAUGGGUGUCAUAUUUUGUGGCAGGUCGCAUAUCAAACUCCAAUGUGCUGUCCGAACUGGUCUACACGUUGUCCAACAUGCUGGUGUUCUACAACGAUCGCAUCAUCGACAGGUCACGUGGCGCCAACGAAAACGCCGUACUCCGGAUGCAGUCUGGCCUUUGCUACCGUCUAAAGGUCACGCUGACUACGCUCGAAUACUGCGAAGUCUUUAUCGAAAUAUCGGCGCGACGCUACCUCAGCCAAACGGGGAAGUGGCUGGUGAUAACGUUCAUACAACUCUUCAAGGCCGCCGGCCGUUUGUUUCUGCUCAAACAUUCGACAUCGGACAUAAUCACAUCGCCACCGAUCGCUGCUCUCAAUCGGCGCACGCUCAGCAAACCUGGCAAAUCGGAUGCAGCUGAGACAGCGAAUCUGUCGCAAUCGGAGCAUUCCAUAACGUUUCAGCUGAAACGUUCGGGUCGCCUCAUCCGCAAAGUGGAGGGUGCUCCGCCCAUGCAAUAUCGUGACUUCAAAUUACACGUGGACAGUGCAGAUGCGGCCAAGACGCAAAUUCCACGCGAACUGCUCGAUGCGGAGUACUUGUACAUUGCCAAACCACUGGUCCAUUUGGCUGCGAUGGGUCUGUUUGGUCGGCGCAGCUGGAAGCAGUAUGUGGUUGCGUUGUCCUUCGAUUUGUAUAGCAUCCAUUUGUAUCGCCAGCAACGCCACCUGAUGUCCAAGCAACAGAAAAUCGAGCUGAGCCGCCGAUGCGUUAAUCUUUUGUAUUUCCUGGUGCGGAGUCCGUUCUACGAGAAUUACACCAGGACGCGAAUCGAACGAAUUUUGGGCUUUGUGGCGCAGAAUGUGCCACUGGCCAAAGUGGUCGCCGGACCGUUAAAGGAUUACAUUCCCCAGUGGCAGGACACGUACUUCUAUCUGUGGUCCACUUGAGAGCGAUCAUCCGAGUAUUCCGAUUUAGGUUAAGAUUUAAAGUAUAAAAUGGAUAAGCGGGCGGUUGUUAAAAAUAGAGAGACGGAUAGAUCCUCUCUUGGAUCUGUUGUGUGUGAUUUGUAUGGCUUUUAAAUUAUAUUUGGAACAAUAUUUGUACACAUACAUUAAA